CGAACCGAACAGAACCGGGCUUGGACAUGGACUCGGUGCAGUUAUAAAGGAUAUUUGCUCUUUAUUGUUGAUUUUUUUUUAACGGUUUCACGCGUUUCCUUGUUUCACGCGGUUGUAUUUUUAUUUUUUUUACCCUCGCUUUCAGACGGACUGCUUUCACGGAAGAUAUCCUGCUUUAUUUUUCUUUCCCCGCAUCACAUACAGCCUGUAAAUAUUCCCGAAACAUCUCUUUAAUAUCUCUCUCUCAUUCCGUAUCAAGGAACUGGUGCGUUUUCGAAACGAGACGUUACACCAUGUUACAUUAAUAACCGUCUCUCCUUCACGUGUGCGUUACGAAAAUAGGACCGCACGUGCAGGAUUAAAAAAAAAAAAUAAUAAUCUUUUAAUGUGUGCGCGCGAUAAUAUUCUUGGAUUCUGUCGGGGUUUUUUUCGUCCUUUUUUUUUUUUUUUUGCGAUGUCUCUCGCCGUUGAUGUGGGACUGCUAUAUUCUGGGAGACUCGGUUUAAUCCAUCCUUCGUUCCUUUAUGCGUAAGAGAAAGCACGCAAAGAGAAGACGGCAGAGGGGAAAAUAAAGGCAAAAACAAACAAACAACAACAAUAAUAAAAAAUAAUAAUAGUAAUAAAAGAAGAAGAGAAAUACACGGGACGGUAAUCAAUAAGGGAGCGAUGAAUGCAUGAGACGCAGUGAAGAGAAAGAAGAAAGGAGGCUGGAGGAGUGAAGGAAGGGAAAGAGGUUUAUCCCUGUACGGAGGGUGUGUGCGUUUUUCCGCAGGCCCCUCAUCCCUCCAUCAUGGCUCUGGCAAUCUGGCUGCUGUGUACGUGCGCCAUCACCCUCAGUAACAUCGCCCCCUCUGCUCAAGCGUUGAGUCGUUCUAUGAUGCCUUUUGGCUUGAUGAGGAGAGAACUUGCGUGUGAGGGUUACCCCAUCGAGCUCCGCUGCCCGGGCAGCGAUGUCAUCAUGAUCGAGACAGCCAACUACGGACGCACCGACGACAAGAUCUGUGAUGCCGACCCUUUCCAGAUGGAGAACGUGCAGUGCUACCUGCCUGAUGCCUUCAAGAUCAUGUCACAGAGGUGUAAUAACCGUACGCAGUGUGUGGUCGUCGCCGGCUCAGACGUCUUUCCCGACCCUUGCCCAGGAACGUACAAGUACCUGGAGAUUCAGUAUGAGUGUGUGCCAUACAUCUUUGUAUGUCCGGGGACUCUGUUGAGGGUUAAAGAGGCGAGUUCACAGCAGGAGGCGGAGCAUCAGUCGGGGGCGUGGUGCAAGGACCCUCUGCAGUCAGGUGACCGGCUGUACGUCAUGCCGUGGACGCCGUACCGGACCGACAUUCUGUACGAGUACGCGUCGUGGGACGACUUCUCGCAGAACCGCGCCACCACCACUUACAAGCUGCCCAACCGAGUGGACGGUACAGGCUUUGUGGUGUAUGACGGCGCCGUCUUCUACAACAAGGAGCGAACACGAAACAUCGUCAAGUACGACCUGCGUACGCGCAUCAAAAGCGGUGAGGCCAUCAUCACCAACGCCAACUACCACGACACCUCGCCCUACCGCUGGGGCGGGAAAUCCGACAUCGACCUGGCCGUAGACGAGAACGGCCUGUGGGUCAUCUACGCCACCGAGAGCAACAACGGCCGCCUGGUGGUCAGUCAGGUGAACCCGUACACACUGCGUUUCGAGGGCACGUGGGAGACGAGUUUCGACAAGCGACUGGCAUCUAACGCCUUCAUGGCGUGCGGCGUGCUGUACGCGGUGCGCUCCGUAUACCAGGACGACGACAGCGAGGCCGGCGGUGACCUGGUGCUGUACGCCUACAACACCAACCGCAACCAGGAGGAACCUGUGCACAUCAUCUUCCCCAACCCUUACCAGUACAUCUCGUCCAUCGACUACAACCCCCGCGACAACCAGCUCUACGUCUGGAACAACUACAACGUCCUGCGCUACCUGCUAGAGUUUGGACCGCCCGACCCUACAGCAGGACCACUGGUCACCACUCAGAUGCCCAGUACCACAGCGUCACGGUCGUUCUCAUCCACCUCCAGCCCGUCCACUAUGCGCCCACUCCCUGCCACCUUUCACCCCAUCGGCGCCAUAAACAAAGCACCAGAACUGCGUCCCAUCACCGCUACAGUGCCUGUGACCCGCCGCCCUCCACGGCCUCGGCCACGCCCACCCCAGGAGCCCGAGCAGCAGGAGGGGUGUGACCCGAGCGUAACGCGAGGCAUCCAAUGGCCCAGCGCGCAGAGGGGCGAGACGGUGGAGCGGCCCUGCCCUAAAGGAUCGCUCGGCAUCGCAUCCUUCCAGUGCCUGUCCUUGCCGGUACAGUGGAACCCCCGAGGUCCAGACCUCAGUAACUGUACAUCUCCAUGGGUCAAUCAGGUGGCCCAAAAGAUAAAGAGCGGCGAGAACGCUGCGAACAUUGCCAUGGAGUUAGUGAACCACACGCGGGGUCGGAUCUACGCCGGAGACGUCAGCUCGACUGUUCGUCUCAUGGAGCAGCUCCUGGACAUCCUGGACGCUCAGCUUCAACCCCUGAGACCUGGGAACAAAGAAUCGGCCACACGCAACUACAACAAGCUACAGAAAAGAGAGAGGACCUGCCGAACAUACGUUCAGGCUGUGGUUCAGAUAGUAGACAACCUGCUGCGUGUGGAGGCUUUGGACGCCUGGAGAGACAUGAACAGCAGUGAGCAGGCUCACACAGCCACCAUGCUGCUGGACGUGAUGGAGAAAGGAGCCUUCCUGCUCGCCAACAACAUGUACGACACGCGCUUCAGUGACCACGCCCAGAACAUCGAUCUGGAGGUUCACAUACUAAACACGGACAUGGAUCCGCAGGAUUUGUCCUUCCCUCAGAGGAGCUCUGGUGAGAGCAGCAUCCUUCUGCCAGCCUCCACCGUCAAACAGUACAGCCGCAACGGUCAGGUGAAGGUCGUCUUUUUGCUUUAUAAGAAUCUGGGAUUGUUCCUCUCUACCGAGAAUGCCACUGUGAAGAUGGAAGUGGAGCCAGGACCAGGACCUGGAGGGCGGAGCUUAGCAGUCAACUCGCAUGUCAUUGCCGCGUCCAUCAACAAAGAGUCAAGCCGAGUGUUUCUAACCGUGCCUGUGGUGUUCACCUUGAAACACCUGCAGCUGGAGAACCACUUCAGCCCAAACUGUUCGUUCUGGAACUACUCGGAGCGCUCGAUGACGGGUCAGUGGUCGUCUCAAGGCUGCAAACUGCUGGACACGAACAGCACACACACCACCUGCUCCUGCUCCCAUCUCACUAACUUCGCUGUGCUCAUGGUGCAGCACGAGCCCAGUUAUCAGGAUCAGAUGCACGAGGUUCUGCUGGUGGUGAUCACCUGGGUAGGGAUCGUCAUCUCGCUGGUGUGCCUGGCCAUCUGCAUCUCCACAUUCUGCUUCCUUCGAGGCCUGCAGACAGACCGCAACACCAUCCACAAGAACCUGUGCAUCAACCUCUUCAUCGCAGAGCUUCUCUUCCUCAUCGGCAUCAACAAGACGCAGUACCAGAUUGCAUGUCCGAUCUUCGCAGGCCUCCUGCACUUCUUCUUCCUGGCUGCGUUCUCGUGGAUGUGCCUGGAAGGCGUGCAGCUCUACCUGAUGCUGGUUGAAGUCUUCGAGAGCGAGUAUUCUCGAAAGAAGUACUACUACCUGUGCGGCUACUGCUUCCCGGCGCUGGUGGUGGGCAUCUCGGCGGCCAUCGACUACCGCAGCUACGGGACCAAGAAAGCGUGCUGGUUGCGGGUUGAUAACUACUUUGUCUGGAGCUUCAUCGGCCCUGUGUCCUUCAUCAUCAUGCUGAACCUGGUGUUCCUCAUGGUCACGCUUCACAAGAUGGUUCGCAACUCGUCGGCCCUCAAACCGGAUUCCAGCCGUCUGGACAACAUCAAGUCUUGGGCUCUCGGUGCCGUCACUCUGCUCUUCCUCCUCGGCCUGACCUGGGCGUUUGGCCUUCUCUUCAUCAACGAGAAAACGGUCAUCAUGGCGUACCUCUUCACCACCUUUAACGCCUUCCAGGGCAUGUUCAUCUUCAUUUUCCACUGCGCCCUGCAGAAGAAGGUCCAUAAGGAGUACAGUAAGUGUUUGCGUCACUCGUACUGCUGUGGACGCUCAUCCAGCUCCAGCUCUCACGGCUCGCUGAAAAACUCAGCACUGCGCACCAACAACCGCUAUUACACCAGUAGCCAGGCCCGACACGCUGCAGCCCACAGACAGAGCCGAAUCCGUCGCAUGUGGAACGACACAGUGAGGAAGCAGACCGAGUCAUCCUUCAUGGCAGGAGAUAUCAACAGCACUCCCACUCUAAACCGCGCUCCCAUGGGGAAUCACCUGUUGCCGAAUCAGGUCUUGCAGACGCGCACACCUUCCUCGCCCUACAACACCCUGCUAACUGAGAGCUUUACACCUCCAUCACCUGGAGUCUUCAACUCCACUGGAACCUUUCGUGAUCCAAAGAGCACUCUGGCUAGGAAUCGUGAUCACGGUGGAAUGGAGACUCUGCCACUGAAUGGAAAUUUCAACAACAGCUACUCGCUUCGUGCUGGAGUUUCCGGGCCGGGCGGACAAGGUGGCAGCUGUGACUUUCUUGGGGGCGGAUCCGACGAGAGUCCACCUCCUUUAUUGAAUCCACGUGGCGCAGAGACUCUGGGUGGGAUCCGGCGCAACCUCUCGGACGCGGCAGCAUUUGAGAAGAUGAUCAUUUCCGAGUUGGUGCACAACAACUUGCGGCAAGGAGGAGGAGAGAGAAUUGGCGGUACCCUGGUGCGAGGACGUACGACUGGAGUCGGGGUUGGGACAGGGUCUGGGGCGAGUGCAGGGCAUGGAGUCGAUCGGGUGACUGCUGUGGAACAGGAAGCAGAGGACGAGGGCCAGCGGCACCGGACCCCACAAGACGUAGAGCUGUUAUACAAGGCUCUGGAGGAGCCGUUGCUUCUGCAGCGCGCCCAGUCAGUUCUUUACCAGAGUGAUGCAGAGGAGAGUGAGAGCUAUAUGAAUGACUCAAAUGAGAGCCAGGGGCACAGCGCAGCCGCAACAGGCGCUGCCACAGGUCCAGACUCGCCUGCCAGAGACUCGCUGUACACCAGCAUCACCAACCUGCGAGACUCGCCAUACCCAGACAGCAGCCCCGACGAGCUCUACUACAGCUCAGGCAGACCUGCACUAGGCAGCGCCAUGCACACCUUCUACCCGACACCCCCAACGAGACCUGGAGCAGAAACCCAAGCCCACGCCCAUCCCCACAAUCCCCCUGAGCCUCCGCACACUGAGGGGGACGGACAGAUGCAGCUGGUCACCAGCCUGUGACUGAGAGUAAACUCCCCCAGUCUCUCCCAUCUCUAACGUUUCUGUUCAAUCCUCUCGGUUUGCUAGUUUGGAAGUGUAAACAGAGAGAAGUCUCAGCUCAGUCUCAGUGGCAGCAGGUUCUAUAAGGCAGCUUCGGAGCAAACCUAGUCCACACACUCGUUCGGGUUUAUUCCCAAGUCCAAAGUUCCCUCAACAACUGAGGAUAUUUUCAACCAUUCCCCAUGGAUUUUUUUUCUUCAUGGUACAUUUACUGUUUUUUUUUUAUUAUUAUUAUACACUUAUCAUUCCUGCAUUGUUUUCUUUUCCAGAUUUUACUUCUUUUUCUUCUCCCUUUCAUUGUUUAUCGAGAGCUGAUUCGUCUGGAAAAAGGGGGGUUCGUCUUUACGCAUCAGCGUGCAAAGAACUCUCUCGGUCUCACUUUGAAAGCUCUUCAGUGUUGCCAAAAAUAUUUUUUUUGAGCCAGAACACAAACUGGAAUGCACACACACAAACACACAGAAACACAAGUGCACAAACAUAAGUACUUGUUACUGAACAUCAGACCGUGAGGAACUGCACUCAUGAAGGCAGCAGCAGGAAGAAGCUGCCCCUGUGGAGUUGCCUUUAUUCCCUUCCCGUACUCUCUCUCUAUCUCUCUCUCUCUCUCGCUCUCUCUCUUCCUCUUUCAGAUGGACUCUGAUGUGCAGGACUCUGAACGAGACUUGACUCGGCUAUACCUGGCCACAAGACUUGUAUUUGAUGCUCCAUUUAAAAGGGAGUUUUUAUUUGUUUCUGAGACCGGCCCCUUGGAUCAUGGACAUCGGGUGCCCCCUCCUCCUUCUCUGUGUUACUAUGGCUUGGAGAACUUUUUUUUUUUCUUCAAGGUUUUCCUAGGUGUUCUCCAAGCCUACUGAAACGUCUGUACAUACGAACCUUUAAAAAUCAAUAACACAAAGCCUAGCGCCAAUCCUAUUCUGUAAAUAGAGACCAGAUAAACAGAAGCAAAUGAAAAAAGUAUGAACUACUACGAGAGCAUACGAUUUCUUGUAAUGAGUCAAAAAAAAAAAAAAAAGAAACCAGUGACACAAAAUUAAAAUAAAGACAUUUGGGAGUUUGUGAUCUAAAUGACACAGUCAGUCCAUCUUUCCCUACCUGAUUUGUUCAAUCUCUCAGGCUCUCAUUUACUUACUGUACCUUAUUGAAUUGUGGGAAUACUGUGUCGACGGUGUGUGAGAUAAUAGAGAGAGAGAGAGCAAGAGAAAGAAAAACAGAGAAAGUUUGGCACAAUUUUUAUAUGUAUUAUAACCCAUCGUUAACUUUUGACCGGUUUCUUGACUCGUGCCUCGGGAAAGGGAUA